AUGGAUCCAAUUACAUCCCACACCACUGAAGUGGUAGAGCCUCAAAAGAAGGGUACUACUAAACAGCGCGUGGAUGCGCUUGAUGAGACAACUACUAGGCUGUGCUAUGCUUUGGAAGGUCUUGAGGAAAAAGUCGAGAUGGCCAAAUCCGAGAUUCGUGGAUUACACAUCCAACUGGAUGAAAGCCAAAGGGCUUGCGCAGCAAUGACUGAAGCUGCUGCAAUCAUUCCUGAUCUGCAGGAUGAAAUGGAAGCGUUGAGAGCUCAAUUGUGGGUACUCCAACGUGCGGUGGGCAAUGGGUACGCUCCCGUACCUGAGUAUGCUUGUAGACUCAGAAUUCCUAAACCGUGUACCUAUGGAGAGGCACAUGAUGCAAAAGAAGUCGAAAAUUUAUUGUUUGAUAUGGAACGGUACUUUCUCACAGUUUCGAUUGAAGACGAAGCUAGAAAGGUAACCGCAGCUACCAUGUAUCUGGGUGGAGAUGCAAAACUAUGGUGGCGAACCAAAUAUGCUGACAUUCAGGCCCACAGGGUUCGAAUAAAUUCUUGGGAUCUCUUCAAGGAAGCGAUCAGAUUGCAAUUUUUCCCGAAAAAUGUCGAAGAUAUGUCGGAAAAAGAUAAGCUCUUCACCUUUAUGGAAGGGUUGAAACCGUGGACACGCACGAAACUUCAAAGACGGAAGCAAUUGGAGGUGGUAACAGAUCUUACAGACCCAGCUCGAACCCAAAUGGGGGAGAGCCUUACUCUCAAAAUAGAGAAGGAGCUUAUCAAAGCACAUGUAGCUUUUAGGGAAACUAUCAUAAUAGUCGUCAAGGAAAUUUUAACGGCAGCAACAGUAACAACUGGAACAAAGGAAAAGACCUCAUCGGGUGUCGGAGUGUCCUCAGAAGUGGAUGGUGAAUGCAUACGACAGUUAGCAAGUGGCGGUUCAAGUUCAAAGCAAGAGGCCUCACAGGCUAAUUGUCAUAGCGAGACUGACUCUGAAGAGGAUGAGGACGUAGUUGGGGCAUUUUCACAUCGGUGCAACACACUGUCGCAUCGGGUUGCUGAAAAGGAUGAUGUCCCAUUGAAAGAGGCAAAGAUGGAAGAAGCGAAGGCUCGAAUUUGUAGGGCCAAAGGCUUAACGUACAUUGAUGUAAAAAUCAAUGGGAAGCCAAUCAGGGCUAUGGUGGAUACUGGUGCUACCCACAAAUACCUUGCAUGUACCGAAGUAGAGCGGCUCAGACUUGUUCUAGAAAAGGUAAUAAGCCGUGUGUUAUCUCUACACAAGUUGGGAGGAUGGGCGAGAAGAGAAUUUGAGGACAUCUUGCUGGAAGAAUUACCAAAGAAAUUAUCACCAAGAAAGACGAUUGAUCAUGAGAUUGAACUUAUUCCAGGCGCCAAACCUCCUGCCAGGGCACCAUACCGUAUGUCUCAGCCUGAGCUUGAAGAGCUUAGGAAGCAAUUGGGAGAAAUGUUGGAGAGUGGAAUCAUUGUGCCUGCGAAAUCACCAUACGGAGCUCCUAUAUUGUUUCAGAAAUGGCCGAUGGUUCUCUUAGAAUAUGAUUUUGUCGUGGUGUACUUGGAUAACAUAGUAAUCUACAACGAGACAUUGGAGGAACAUGUCCAGCAUGUGAGGCAAGUUUUUAAUCGGCUACGGGAGAAUGAACUUUAUGCUAAGCCGUCUAAAUGCUCAUUUGCUUAG